AAAACCGCGCGAAGCCUCCAUUAUCCAGCAGAAGUAACGAACACCGCACCUUCCUCGCCUCAGUCACCGCCGCCGCUGCCGGCGCUCUCCGGUUGCCCGUUGUUUGUACAACAUGAUCCCGUCUCCCGCUCGAAUCCUCAUCUUCCUCCUACCCACCCCAAGUCUCAUACCCCCGCCACCCGUCAGGCGGCCGCACAGAGCCUGGGCCGGAACCGCCCGCUGCGCCCCGGAGGCUGUCGCCGGCGGGGGCUUCGUCGUCAUUGAGGACGACCUCUCUGAGCUUCUGCAGAUUCUACCUAGGGAUUUACGAGAUAAUCUGCAGAAUGAACCUAGAAGGGACCAGCUGUUGGAGGUUAUUCUAGAUUUGGGGAGACGACCCGAGGCACGUUUCCUUGGUAAUUCUGGUGGCCAGUAUCUACGGGAUAACGAGAUUUCACAGCUAGAGUUGGAGGAAGCUCAGAGAGCUGUUGGAGAAUUUGGAGGUGACAACCGUGCAGGAAUUGAAGGUACAUUGCAUAGAAUAUCUGCAAUAAGGAGUAGAAAAGGAAUGGUUGUUGGUUUGACCUGUCGAGUUGGCCGUGCCGUCAAUGGGCAUGUUGAUAUGGUCCGUGAUCUUUUAAACUACAAAGAGAGCAUUCUGUUUUUGGGAAGACCUGGGGUUGGCAAGACUACUGUUAUGCGUGAAAUUGCACGUGUUUUAGCGGACGAGUUCCAGAAAAGGGUGGUAAUUGUAGAUACAAGUAAUGAGAUUGGUGGGGAUGGGGACAUUCCUCAUGCUGCAAUUGGUGGCGCAAGAAGAAUGCAAGUACCUGAACCAUCAAUGCAACAUAGAGUGAUGAUUGAAGCAGUUGAAAACCAUAUGCCUGAGGUGGUCAUUGUAGAUGAGAUUGGAACUGAGGCAGAGGCGCAAGCCUGUCGGUCAAUUGCAGAAAGGGGUGUAAUGCUUAUUGGUACUGCCCAUGGAGAAAGGCUUGCAAACAUCAUAAAGAAUCCAGUUUUAUCUGACUUGGUUGGAGGAGUAGAAACUGUCACUCUUGGCGAUGAGGAAGCACGUGCACGACGUACUCAAAAAAGUAUACUGGAGCGGAAGGCCCCUCCAACAUUUCCUUUUCUUAUUGAGAUGAGGGAGCGACACUAUUGGGUCACUCAUCGGACUGAGAGGAGUGUCGAUAUGCUACUUCAUGGCAAGAAGCCACUAGUUGAGGUCAGGAAAAGGGAUAACGAGUUUGAGGUUAUCAUUGAAAGAUGGGCAACAUAUGAUGGAGAUGGACUCUGAAUCCCAAAUUUCAAGUUAUUAUUUCUUCUGCCAUGCUUCAUUUUCUUCAUACUUGCGGUCUUUGUGGAUAUUUGGUACAAAUUCUAUGGAGCUUGUUAUUCUAACGUACUGUAAUGGUGAGAUCCUGGUUCCUAAAGUUUGUUGAGCUUAUUUAGCAGAGUAUAAAAUAGUGAUAUUGUUACUCUUGCAAAGGAACUGAUGCUGCCCAUUAAGCAUAGUACACAGCUCCAUACCUUUUCUAUA